AAUGGCAACAACAUCGCGGCUCAUCAAAAAGCUGGAUGAAGCAGUUAUAAACCGUAUAGCCGCCGGCGAAGUAAUACAAGGGCCCUGGAAUGCUGUUAAGGAAAUGAUAGAAAAUUGCCUAGACGCCAAAGCUACUAAUAUAUUAGUGGUCGUAAAACAGGGAGGCCUAAAGUUGAUUCAGAUUCAAGAUAACGGGAAAGGCAUUCAUAAAUGCGACAUGGACGCUGUCUGCGAACGAUUUGCUACAAGUAAAUUAACCACGUUCGACGAUUUGUCAUCAAUUUCCACUUAUGGCUUUAGAGGGGAAGCUUUAGCAAGCAUAAGUCACGUAGCACAUAUCACAAUUACAAGUAAAACUGCUAAUUCUCAAUGCGCCUUCAAGGGUUCUUAUUCUGACGGCAAAUUAAAGGAGCCUGUUAAACCAUGUGCAGGUACCCAAGGCACACAAAUAACUGUUGAAGAUUUAUUCUACAAUGUCCCUACAAGGAGGAAAGCUAUAAAAAGUGCCACAGAAGAGUAUAAUAAAUUAUACGAUGUGAUCAGCAAAUAUGCUAUUCACAAUUCUAAAACUACUUUUACAUUGAAAAAACAUGGAGAAAAUGCUGCUAUUCGCACUCAAUCAGGUAGUACAGUCGAUAAUAUUCAGAAUAUUUAUGGAGGAGAAGUUAGUAGAGAACUGAUAAAGGUAGAACAUCACGACGAACAGUACAAAUUUAAGGUACAAGGUCAUGUUUCGAAUGCCAACUAUAACGCCAAAAAGUGUAUACUUUUACUCUUCAUCAAUCAUCGUCUUGUCGAGUCAUCAGCCUUGAAGAAAGCAUUGGAAAGCGUUUACGCCAAUUAUCUCCCUAAAGGAAGCCACCCGUUCAUGUAUCUAAGUUUGGAAAUUAUACCUCAAAAUGUUGAUGUUAAUGUUCAUCCAACAAAGCACGAAGUUCAUUUUCUACAUGAAGAAGCCAUAAUUGAAUCUGUGCAAAGAGUUUUAGAAAACGUUCUUCUCGAUUCAAAUAAAAGUAGGACUUUUCUAACGCAAGCUAUUCUCCCCUCUUCGUUUGGCGUAAGCCAAAAAGAAGAAGAAAAACCAAAGGAAGUAGAAAAAAUAUAUGAUCAUAAUUUAGUGCGAACUGAUAGUAAAGAAAGAAAAUUAGAAUCUUUCAUCUCGUCACAGUCGUCAGAUAUUAUAACCUCGGAUCAAACAUGUAAUGGUACGAAGAAAGAACGAAAAGUGCAUCUCAAGAGUGUUUUGAGCCUUCGUGCAGAAGUUGAAAGUGACUUGAACAUCAAUUUGAGAGAGAUAUUCAAGGAACAUAAAUUUGUUGGUUGUGUGGAGAGAAAAUUUUCUUUAAUGCAGCACGCGCAAGAACUUUAUUUGGUGGACGUUUAUGAAUUAAGUCGAGAGCUAUUUUAUCAGAUUAUGCUUUAUGACUUUGGCAAUUACGGCUCUAUUUCUUUAGAGGAGCCUGCUAAUAUAAUAGAAUUAGCUAAAAUAGCUUUAGACCUUCCAGAGAUAGGCUGGACUAUAGAAAAUGGACCUAAAGUCGAAUUGGCGCAACAGAUCGAUAUUGUUCUUCGAUCUCAUGCUGAAUUACUUUUUGAUUAUUUCUCAUUGGAAAUCGAUAAAGAAGGAAAUAUAAUAUCACUGCCUUAUUUAUUGGAGAACUAUAUACCACCACUCCAAGGUCUGCCUGUGUAUAUUUUGAGAUUGGCGUCAGACGUUGACUGGACGACAGAGAAGGAGUGUUUUGAAGGAGUAUGCAAGGAAACUAGUGACUUUUAUGCAAUGGGUAAUGGCUAUGAGCACUUAGAUCAACAUCAAGAAAAAGAUUGGAGGUGGAUGACUGAAUAUACUCUUUUUCCAAAUUUCAGAAACACAUUACUACCAACAAACAGUAUGGCAAAUCAUCUUAUCAAAUUGGCAAGCCUACCAGAUUUAUAUAAAGUAUUUGAAAGAUGUUAA